AAUGUGAUCCACCCAUCUAAACUCCUCAAUGUUGCGAGUAGUAGUUGAGACCACGUGUACUUCCAUUUCUCUCUCACUUCCACUCCAUUUUUAGCAGAAUGAGUCCUUUUUUUUUGCAUCAUCCUUUCAUGUAAAAGCAGACCGCUAAGGCGCUACUUUCUUAUAAGCAUCUCCUGAAACUCUUCCUUUUUGGUACAAAGCAAAAGGGAGGGCAAAAGGAAAAAGGUCUCUUCCCAUAACAAUUGUUUUUCACUGGUUAAAAGUAAAAAAAAAAAAAUUGCUUCAACUUCCAAGUUUUUUUUCUUUAGCUCCUUUUUUCCAACUUUACAAAACCCUACUUUUUACAAAGAAAAUUGAGAGUCGAGUUUUACAAAAGCUCUAGUACUGCAGUAAUGAAAAUCAAACUUUUCACGUUUAUUUUUACGCUGCUUUGUGUGUGCAACGGCUCGUUAGCUGGGUUACUUUCAGAGCCAGCGCAGCCAUUGAAGCCAGGUGAUUACUCUAACUCUAACACUGUUCCAGCUUUUCCGGUUCAGACCGAGUCACAGACAUGCCGGUUGGAUUUAUCGGACGAGCUCUUCGGUGGUGUGAGCGCGGCGUGCGGGCAGAAUCUGGACCGAAGCCGUUGUUGUCCUGUCCUAGCGGCUUGGUUAUUCGCUGCUCACGCGCGGUCAGCGUUGCAAGUUUCAACGGCGGUUGCGCCGGCUAGCUCCGACUUGCCGAUGAUGCCGGAUGACUCGCAGAAGUGCGUUAACACGCUUCAGAACUCUCUACAGAGCCGUAACAUCCAUCUACCUCAACCUAAUGGCUCAUGCGACGCCGUUUUGUGUUUCUGUGGUAUUCGUCUGCAUCAGAUCACUUCCCUUAGCUGCCCGGCGGCGUUUAACCUCACCGGUUCAAAGAAUGCAACUCCUACCGCCGCUGUCAGAAAUCUCGAGCGGAAUUGCCGGAACUCUUCUUAUUCCGGUUGUACACGGUGUCUCGGUGCCUUACAGAAGCUUAACGGUGACGGAAAAAAUCGAACUCACAAAAUGGCGGAUACCAGCGGCGAUAGGGUGAGCAAGAUGUUAAGCAGAGACUGUCAGUUGAUGGGAUUGACGUGGCUAUUGGCACGCAACAAGACGGCGUACAUACCGACGGUUUCUGCUGUAUUGCGCGCCAUCAUGUACAGUGCGCACCCACCACAUGAGUCCAAGUGUAGUCCAGAUCAGGAGAACAUGCCAUUAGCCGUUGAUUCACUACAGUUCGAAAAAAGGGAUUCAUCUUCGCCGUCUAAUCGUGUUUCUCGUUUUACUAGUUUGUUUCCAUUUUUGCCCCUAAUCAUUUUACUGAAUUGUCUCUUUGGUUAGUGAAACUAUGGUUGGAGUUACAUGAUGAUGCCCUCUGUUCUUUUGUGCAUGUGACAUGAUUUUGGGGGAUUCACGUGAGAAGCUAGUUGCCAAAAUGAAGGGAGUGAAAAAGGGGUUAUUUUGUCUUUUUGCCCCACUGUAAAUUCAGGUCAUAUGUAAGACAAAUUUCUUUUUGACAUGUAGUGCCAGGAAAUAUUAUUACCCUUCUUUUGUAUGAAUCUGCUGUUCUCCCUCUUA